CUUUGUUCUGUGAUUCCUUCUCGAGAGUUGUUUGUUUUUACUUUUCUGCUCGAGCCGAUGCUCGUCGGUGGAGACGAGAGUCGAGAGCUACAGAGGUGAUAAUGGUAGAAAAGUAGGGUUGCAGAUAGAGAAGGUUGACGGGAGAGGAUGAAACCGGAGGGAGCGGGUAGGGUUGACCGAAGGUUGGAGGUGGAAUAUGUUUCCAUUAUCCGGACUAACUGACCUGCUCUGCUGCUGCUGCUGCAGAGUGGUAGGGGAGAACGGAAUACCUCACAACCCAUACCUGGUUUUUCACCGGUGAGAAAACAACGACCGACGCCGGGCAUUGUGUUUGCCAAUGGGAGAAUAGGGAAGAUAAAAACCGGUGGUGCGGCUACCAGUGGGUGGGAUUGGGUUGGAAGCUUGCUGUUGGGUUCCGGUUCCUCAGAAGUUUUCAAGACAUAGCUUGACGGGAAGUAACAUUGCUCUCGCACAACCGCAACCACGCAUUAUCCCAAGUAUUGACUUCAGGAUAGGUGAUACAAGUAGCCGUUGUUAGUAGCAGAUACAGAUUCUUUCAGUCACGCAUUGUCUCGAUCAAGUUAGGGUCCUGAGUUUGAAGAGAUUAGAGAUCCCCAUUAGAAAAGACAAAGCUUUCAUUUUUAUUUUUAAUUUUUUCCACUUCCCCUUUCUUUUACGGUUUUACUUGGACUAAUGGCGGGAAAUAAGGGAUGCUGUCCAGAGCGAAGACCUCAUUUUUUCAAGGUUUUCCUCCCAGAACUUAACUCCGAACGGCUGCAAAUUCCAUUAGGUUUUUUGAAACACCUGAAAGGCCAAACCUCUGGGACUGCCUACUUAACUGGUCCAGGUAAGAACGUUUGGCGGGUCGACUUGGUUAGGAGGCGUGAGGGCUUGUAUUUUGAACAUGGUUGGGAGGUUUUUCUAAGCGACCACUCCUCCCAAUUUGGUGAUUUCUUUGUUUUCAGAUAUGACGGUAAUUUGCAUUUUACUGUUCAAAUAUUUGAUCAAAGUGGAUGCAUCAAAGAAGCAACUUUUAGGGCCAAAUGCAAUCAGGACCAAGAUAAUAAAGAUGUCGUGAAGAACAAUGGAAAGAAGAGAAGGCAAAAUGAAGAGUUACCACCAGCUGCCUCUUCAGAUGAGGUUUGUGCGGUUUCCCGAAAAAGGAUUAAAGGGUCCUCUCAUGAAGUUGAUUCAGUUUGUACGAUGAAUAAGAGGGCAGCUGAACCCCUGAAUGAAUCCGUUAAAAGUGCUUUGAAGAAGAAGGCCCACAAGAAGAAGGACGGGGAGGAUGCAGUGAAACACUCAUUGGUUGAGACUUUGGCUAGUCCCCAUGGAAGCAAGAAGCAGACACCUUGUCGCGCUGGCCUGCAUUAUUCAUCUUCUCUAAAUGAUUCUCAUAAAGUAAGCAAGUACCAUCAACGCACUGUCUUGGAUGCUUGUUCAGAUGAGGUUUGUGCAGUUCCCCGAAAGGGGAUUAGGGGGUCCUCUCAUGAAGUUGAUUCAGUUUGUACAAUCAAUAACAGGGCAGCUGAACCCCAUGAUGAAUCUGCUAAAAGUGCACUGAAGAAGAAGGCCCACAGGAAGGAGGAUGAUGCUGUGAAAAACUCAUUACUUGAAAGCUUGGAUGGCCCCCAUGGAGGCAACAAGCACACACCUUGUCCAGUUGGCCUGCAUCAUUCAGUUUCUCAAAAUGGUUCUCAUAAUGUACGUAAAUACUAUCAGCGUACUGUAUCGCCAUCCUCAAAGAAGAUACAUGCUGGUUCGAGCAAAGGAGAUCAAAUAAAAUUUCUUCAUUUAAAUUAUUCAAAUACCAAGAAAGCUAUUCGGAGUAGAGAAUCAAUAACUACCAAUGCAUCGGGAUAUUUAGUUUCGCAAAGACGAGAUGUCUCAAUUGAAGAAAGAAAAAGGGCAUUGGAAGCAGCUGAUGCAUUUAAGACAAAAAAUCCUGCUGUUGUAAUGGUUAUGCGAGCUUACCAUGUCUGUACCGGGUUUUACCUUGGUCUUCCAAACGAUUUUGUAAAUGACUGGCUUCCUCAAGAAAGUCAGGAAAUGAUUUUGUGGGAUCCAAAUGGGAAGCCAUGGCCUGUGAAGUACAUUAACCGAGGCGGUCUUAGCGGUGGCUGGGGUACCUUUGUACGUCAUAACAAUCUUGAAAUAGAUGAUGUCUGUGUUCUUGAGCUGAUUAAACCAAACGAAAUGCAGAGUGACAACAAGCGUGAGAACAUGGGUUUGGGUAGGUUUUUAUCCAAUAUACUCCCGACUGUUGAUAGCUGAGGCUAGCAUUGGGUGAUGCAGAGUAAUGGGUCAGCCAACUACAGUUUGUAAUGUAGUGGAAGGCCUGAAAUCUUGAAAUUGAGGACGGUGCUCUUCAAGCAUUUUUCAUUUGAUGGGUCAGCCAAUGUACCCCUCGACUGUUGAUAAUUUGUUUCAUGAAUUCUUUGUUACAAGCAUUGUUUUCAUGCACCCCCGACUUCAAAUUGAGGAGCUACUUCGUUUUCUAUUGAUCAGCAUGGUUGGAAAAUAUGUGAAAAGGUUUCAUUUGAUGGACUC